ACUCGCAUGCGACCGCAAACCAGGAAGCAGGCUGCAGGAGCGGGUCACGUGGCUCUCCGCUGGCCGGUGGUACCCCUGGUGUAACGGGACAGGACUGCCAGUCCCUGGGGAACCUAAAUACAUGAUGGAUCAAGAUCCGGAGAAGAAGACUCUUACUCUUCUGUUGGUCGGAGAAGGAAAUUUUUCAUUCGCUGCCUCCCUGUGUGACGCGGGCAGUCAUCACAUCACUGCCACCUGCUGUGAGUCAGAAGAGGUUGUGUGCACCCAGCACCUCACAUGGAGCAGCGUCCAGCACCUUAGAAGUCAAGGAGCAGCGGUUCACUUUGGCGUGGAUGCCACAAAGCUCCAUGAAUAUGUCUUUCUCUCCAAUCAACCUUACGACAGAAUCAUUUUCAACUUCCCGCACUGCGGCAGAAAGGCGGGGGUGAAGAAGAACAGAGAUUUGCUGUGUCAUUUUUUUCGCAGUUGUGCGGAAGUUCUUUCUCCAAAAGGGGAAGUCCAUGUGGCCUUAUGCGAAGGGCAAGGUGGCACUCCUGCCGAUCAGCCCAAGAGGGAAUGGCAUAACAGCUGGCAAGUGGCAGCCAUGGCUGCUAUGGCGGGGUUCAUCCUGACAUCGGUGGUCCCUUUUGAUUCUGAUCAGCACUGCGGUUACCAGAGCACGGGGUACAGGAGCCAGCAGAAAUCCUUCCAUGUGGUUGGAGCUUUGACUCAUGUGUUCACCAGAAGUCUACCAUUGGAGAACCUAGCAGCAUUGCAGUUAAUCGAUGCACUAACUUCUGUCCAGGACCCAAAAUGCACUGAAGCUGCAGUAGACAGGGGUUUCCUGUGGAACACAUCAUGUCACCCCAUCAGUGUAAUAUAUAAAGAACUGAUAAAACGGUGUGAAGAGAAGCUGCCCCUAAACGUCAUAGAAGACACGUUUCCCCUUACUUGUCAGGACGACUCUUGUUUAGGUCGCCCUUCAUAUCCAGCAGCUCCCUCCAGCCUGUACUUUGUGAUGCCUGGUAAAGACAAGGGAGCAUCGGAAAUUAUGGAUGACUUCCACAAGAAGGAUAUUCUGCAGGCGCCUUACCUCGGCAGUACCCAAACCAAUCCUGGCACUGGGCUAUGUCAUCUAAGACCCUCACUUACAUGCUUUAUUGAUGACCUCACUCGCAGAGCCAUCCUAAGACCCAAUGACCUCACCAUUGUGAGUGGGCUAGUUUUUAGGAAGUGCUUAAUAUCUCCCAGGACGUUGCCGGUUUAUCAUGAGGUCCUCAUGAUGUUAGCUUAUCGAGGUCAUACCCUGACAGAUCGGCUGCAGCUGUUGAUGGACACUGUCAAGGACGCCAUAGACACCAUUGCGGUGUCAGUCAUCCUCCCUUCCACGGAAACCAAGGAUAAUGAGAAAAUGGGAAAUUGUUUGUCAAGAUUCGUUGUAACGUUUCAUCAGAACAAGGAAGAUUACACCAUCACCUUUUCCUCUGCCGAUUUUGAUCAGAUAAUAGGGACAAUUAGGACGGUUCCUCCCGGAGAGCAGUACGAAGAGCUUGGGUUUCUUACAGUAGCUCUAAAUAUAGAUUUAGUGGCCAUGAGUCUUCUGGGUAUUGAAGACUGGCGAAUGCUUUGGACAGAAGAUGAAAGGUUCAUAGAACAAUUUCGUCAUCAGGACUUGAAGCCUUUUCAGAGCUUUUCUCUGUAUCCGCCAUACUACAUUCACGAUGUUAGUUUUUGGGUUGACGGUAACUCCGUAUUUGAUCAUGUGCAGUUUCACACCAUAGCACUGCGAAUGUCCAAGGGAAACAUUGUUGAUGUUCAGCUGCUGGACCGGUAUGAAAAUGUGGAAACUGGGAGAACUGGUCUGUGUUACCGGAUGAAAUAUCAGUCUUGUGAUCGAGCCCUUGGCUACAGAUCAGCACUGACAAUGCAGCUACUGCUAAGGGAGGAGCUGCAGAGGAGUCUCCGGGUCACUGUCCGGUAGCAGAGGAGUCUCCGGGUCACUGUCCGGUAGCAGAGGAGUCUCCGGGUCACUGUCCGGCAGCAGAGGAGUCUCCGGGUCACUGUCCGGCAGCAGAGGAGUCUCCGGGUCACUGUCCGGCAGCAGAGGAGUCUCCGGGGCACUGUCCGGCAGCAGAGGAGUCUCCGGGGCACUGUCCGGCAGCAGAGGAGUCUCCGGGGCACUGUCCGGCAGCAGAGGAGUCUCCGGGGCACUGUCCGGCAGCAGAGGAGUCUCCGGGGCACUGUCCGGCAGCAGAGGAGUCUCCGGGGCACUGUCCGGCAGCAGAGGAGUCUCCGGGGCACUGUCCGGCAGCAGAGGAGUCUCCGGGGCACUGUCCGGCAGCAGAGGAGUCUCCGGGGCACUGUCCGGCAGCAGAGGAGUCUCCGGGGCACUGUCCGGCAGCAGAGGAGUCUCCGGGGCACUGUCCGGCAGCAGAGGAGUCUCCGGGGCACUGUCCGGCAGCAGAGGAGUCUCCGGGGCACUGUCCGGCAGCAGAGGAGUCUCCGGGGCACUGUCCGGUAUCAUUUACCGAUUCUGUGUUUUAUAGGUGUAUGAGGGGGUAGUCACACGUGGCAGAUUCAUUGCAGAAAUUGCUGUGACUGGCAAACCCUUUCCAUCCAGCUGGUUGGGGUUGAUUCUGCAGCAGGUGUAUAGAUUUCUGCUGGACGAAUGGGUUAUUCGCAUUUUUUUUCUGCAGCAAUCUGCCACGUGUGAAUGUAUCCUAAUGCCCUGGAAAAAUCUGCCAAAAAUUAUGGCUUAUAAUAAAAACCUUCCAUUGUU